ACACGUUUCAAAUUGUCAACAACACGUGGAUGGAACUAGGAGGAUAGAGAACCUGGAUGUUGAAGAUGUCUGGGCCAAAAGUGACCGUAGAAGUGCAUUUUGCCCAAAGAUUAGCCAGUAAUGAAAAAACUAUAAGAGACAAAACUAUUAAGAAGCUUCGGUUAUGGAUGUCGGUUCGAUCGAAGAGUGGAAAUCAUGUUUUUACAGAAGAAGACUUGUUGAAGUUGUGGAAGGGUUUAUAUUAUUGCAUGUGGAUGUGUGACAAGCCACUAGUCCAGGAAGAGCUAGCAGAUAACAUUGCUAAACUGGUACAUAAACUGCACACUACAGAAUCUGCAUUGAUGUACUUUAAGUCAUUCCUGCAGACCAUGGAAAGAGAGUGGCAUGGCAUAGAUCGUCUUAGAAUGGACAAGUACUAUAUGUUCAUAAGACGCAUGUUCUGUGAGCAACUGGAGUUCCUUAAGGAGAACCAGUGGAAUGGUGAGAGUGUCGGAGCAUUUCUGGAGAUCCUGAAGCAGGGUCCAUUGAAUGCAGCUAAACCAACUAAAGCUACAGGCCUCCUGCAUCAUAUAACAGAUAUUUAUCUUGACGAACUCACACGUGUUGGAGCUACCCAGCUGUCGCCUCAAGAAACUCUGAUAUUCAUAGAUCCAUUCUGCAUUUUUGUAGCUCAGAGCAAAAAUAAAUCGCUGAUGAAGACAAUUCUGCGUGAAAUUUUUGAGGACAUCAUGGUACAGUCAACUGUGGGAAUGGAGGAAGUUUUAGAAGCAGAGAAAAAGAUGGCAAAGAAAAAGAAGAAAGAAAACAAUGAGGAAGAUGAUGACGAAGAAGAUGAAAGCGAGGAGGAAGACCCUAGACUGGCUUUUGAUUACAGUGCCGUAGCAGACAGGCUGUUUAUGUUAGGAAGUCAGAAGGAUACACCUGGUUUGAAUAGGAAGAAAAUGUACGGCAUGGCCCAAAAGUUUCAAGAUCUUGCCAAAGGAAUUUAUCCCAUACCAGACCUAGAGGAAUUAACUCAGCUGUCCUCCGAUGAUGAAAUUGUGGAUGAUGUCAAAUUAAAGCACAAGAAAAAACAGAAGAAAAAAAUGCAGGAAGCUAAAAUAAGGAGAGAAAUGGAGAGAGAGGAAGAAAAGAAUGAUGCUAAAAUAAACAGUGAAAAACCAACCAAAAAAGAAAAGGAAGGAGUUGCAGUAACCAAUCAAGAUGCAUAUGAGAGAACAGUGAAUGGAGAUAUCCAUAGGAAAACAAAAAAGAAAAAGAAGAAAGGAAGUAAAAUGGAAGAUGAAAUACAAGACUGCAGCUCAAAAGAAAUUGUAAGCUUAGUAGAUGCAUCAACAAUGAGUAAGAAAUCGAAAAAAUUGAAAAAGAGUGAGAAGUUAAAAGUAACCACUCAUGAUACCAACAACGUUGAAAUUGUAAUUAUUGAUACAGAUACGGACAAUAAGAAAAAAGUGAAGAAAAACAAAAAAUGUGGGGAAGAACAGGAAACAAAUGGAGAGACAACUGUAAUGGAAAAAGGAGACUCAGAAUUCAAUCAUUUAGAUGAUAACAGCUUACAGAAUUUAAAGAUGCAGAAGAAAAAAACAAAAACGAGUAAGCGAAAAUCUGAGUCGGGCAUAGAGCAACAGACAGAAGUUGGGAAUCUCGGGGAAGAACAGGAAGUAAACUUAAAGAGAACUGUAAUGGAAACACAAGUGGAAUCUAAUAAUUCAGAAGCUAACAGCUUAGAGAAUAUAAAAACGCAGAAGAAAAAAGCAAAGAAAACAACCAAACGGAAAUCUGAAACAGCACUAGUGCAGCAGAUGGAAGAGCCAUUUGCAGCAUUCCAGACUGUGUCUACACCCCCUGCUGUUGUUCUAAAGAAGCGUAGGGAACCCCAAACAGAAAUACGCAAAAAAGUAAAGAAAUCUAAGUUGAUGGCGCCUGGUUCAGCUCCAGCAGCGACGAAGAAACAUGUCAAGAUUACUCUUUCAAAGAACACCAAUUACAAACAAUCUGAUUAUCGUAAACAAAUUUUGUGCAGCCCAGGUAUUCCAUUUGAUAGCACCAAGAAACCUGCCCACUCGGUCCUCAAGAAGACGCCAACAUCGGCACCAAAGGCCAAACUCGCAUUUAAGAAGCGUCGCAGCACUGCUGUAGAUUUCUUCUGAUUUGUCAUUGAAGUUGAAAUGAACAUGAAAUGUUAAAUCCUUGCCUAGAAUUUUAAAGUAAGACAUAUUUUACUGGAACAAGCUUUAAAUGUACAGUUUUAUGCUUGGAUUGGCUUUCUUAAGCUUUUUUAUUUUAGGACAUUAAAGACAAUUAUUCUACAGGCCAUAUAUUUACUAGAAUGUAUAAUGCUUUUUUAAAGCUCUGUUUAUACUGUACUACAGUAUUAAGUUUUACAAAACAAUUUUAUUUGUCAAUAAUAUGGACAUACCAGUUUGACUUGCCGAAGUCAAAUCCAAAAUGGCAUUGGCAAAAUUGUUAGACUUGGAUUAAAUUGAAUUACAGAUCGUUAAAUAAUGGAAAACACAACAAUUUGACAUGUAAAAUAUGAAAUUAUUAUAUUUAGGCAAGUUUAACUGUAUAAGACUCUUUCUGUUUUGCGUGAACGGAGCUUAAAAUCAUGGAUAUUAACUUUUUAAAUUUGAAUGAACUACAUUUUUAUGGUUUAAUUUUUAGUUCUGUUUCAACUAUUGAACAGGAUGAAGUUAAUGAUAUUGUAUCCUAAUUGCACAAUGGACAUCACUUCAAAACCUAAACAUUUCCAAUGAUCUGUUUAUAGCAUUGAUUUUUUUUUAUAUAUAUAUAUAGGCCUAUAUUUUGUCUGUGAUGUUACAUUCAGCAGCAAUUUUUUUCUGUAAUUUUAACAGAGUUUACAAACCAUGAAAUUUUAAUAAAGGUUCAAUCAACAGGUCAAG